AUGGAUUUCGUAGAACCAGUUGAAAGUGUACCACAUAAAGAAUCUCAAACAGAAGAAACGAUUGAGAAAUUAGAAGAUGAAAUAGAUCAUUAUUAUCAAUUAGUUGAAUCUAAAUUUGCUGAAUUGUGGAAUAAAACAUCUGAAAAUGAACAAGUUAAAGAAUUGAAAACAAAUUUGUUGAAUCAAGUUAAUAAAACAAGAGAAUUAAAUGAUAAAAUACAUAUAAAAGAACAUCUUGCUAAAAUAGAAGAUGAGAUAUCAAAGAUUAAUAUAAAUACCCAAAUUAAUUCUGGUCUUGAUUUAUUAGAUUCAAAAUUAGAAAUCGUUGAAAAAGAAGUUGGUAAAUAUGUUUCUUCAUUUACUUCAUUUUUAUCAAAUAUUGUAUCUAUAGCUCCAAAAGAAGAAGAAAAAGAAGAAUUAUUUAAUACUGAAUAUUAUGGUAAUACAAGAUAUGAUAAUGAUUUAUUAAAAUUACAUACAAGUGAAGAAUUUUAUAAGGAUAAAAAUGAUACAUUUGAUGUUGAUUCAAAAACAGAAGAGAUUAGUCAAUUGUUGAAAAAGUAUCCAAAUUUACAAAAGUUAAUGAAUGAAUUAGUACCAGUUAAAAUCGAUUAUAAAUCUUUUUGGUUUAAUUAUUUUAAAAAUGAUGAUAAAUUUAAAGAUGAUGAAAAGAAUAGGAAAAAAUUACUUGAAUCUAAUGAAGAGGAGUUUAGCUGGGAUAAUGAAGAUGAUGAUGAAGUUGUAAUUGAUAAAAAGGAUACUGAGGAAGAAGUAAAUGUUGAUGAUGAUUGGGAAUAA